AUGUCGUCUAUGUCGUCUAUGUCGUCUAUGUCGUCUAUGUCGUCUAGAAGGAUGAAUGGCCGAAUGAGUCGAUCAAUCGCUCUAUUACCACUGAUUACUGUCCUGUUUCUCUCGGCGUUUCCAAAGGCAUCUUUUGCCUUUGUAUCGCCGACCUCAGCGAAGCGGUUCCAACGAUCAUCGAUAGCACAGAAGAAUCCUUUCCUCGGUGCGUCUCUUGGUGGUGGCAAUGAUUCCGACACUGGUCUUGAAAAAUCGUCAAAGCUAGGACACAAGUUGGAUUGGGAAACAAUCGGUGCACAAACCAAAGAGUUCUGGCAAAUGGCAUUUCCUUACUAUGAAGAGAGUAUUCCGGGACGAUGGUUGUUUGCUGGUAUGAUUGGCCUGACACUUUUGAACUCUGGAGUUUCGGUUGCCUUUUCGUAUCUCGGAAAAGAUUUUUGGAAUGCUCUUAGUUCCAAAGAUUCUGUUGAAUUCUACAAUGUUCUAUCAAAAUAUGUUGGAGCGCUCUUGGUUGGAGCUCCAAUUGUGACAAUGUACAAAUUUCAACGAGAACGUCUGGCAGUGCACUGGAGAGAAUGGAUGACCGAUCGAACUCUUCAAUUGUACCAAGAGAAUCGGGUGUACUAUUCUCUAGAAAGAGGAAGAGAAAUCGACAAUCCUGAUCAACGCAUUGCGGAAGAUGUCAAAGCUUUCACAUCAUUUUCAUUGCAAUUGUUCUUGACCAUUGUGACAUCGAUCAUUGACUUGGUCUCCUUUUCUCUCAUUCUAUAUUCGAUCUAUCCCCAAUUGUUUAUUGCGAUUGUUGCCUACGCUGCUUUUGGAACAUUCACUACCACUUUCCUUGGAAAAAGUCUGGUGGGACUUAACUACGAGCAGUUGACCAAGGAAGCCAACUUUCGGUACUCUUUGGUCCGACUUCGAGACAAUGCGGAAUCCAUUGCGUUUUAUGCAGGAGAAGACUUGGAAGGCAAGGCGAUCUCAAAUCGAUUGGAGCAAAUGAUCUCCAACUCUCGGGAAUUGAUUGGGGCUCAGCGAAACCUAGAGUUUUUCACGAACGGAUACCGAUUCAUGAUUCAACUGCUCCCCGUAGCAGUCGUUGCGCCACGAUACUUUGCUGGGGCAAUUGAACUUGGUGUUAUUUCGCAGUCGGUAGGAGCAUUCAAUCACAUUUUGAGCGACUUGAGUAUUGUUGUGAAUCAAUUUGAACAACUAUCUCGUUUCAGCGCUGGAAUUGAGCGUUUAUCGGUCUUCUUGGGUGCCAUGCGAAGUGCCGACCCUGCACGAGGUGAUGAAUCCUACCCUUUGCUGCAGCUUGCAAAUGAAACACUCAAGGAAGACGAAAUCUCGAUGGUACAAGGGACCAAUCAAACUACUUCGAACGAGAACAUUGGGAAGAUCGCCCUCAAACAAUGUGAGGAAUCUUUAGAAGGAUCUAUUUUUCAAAUCGAGCAUUUGGACCUGUGCACACCGGACAAGAAACGCUUCUUGAUACGCAAUUUGAGUAUGAAGCUAGCAGAGGGAGAAAAUCUGUUGAUUGUUGGAAAUUCCGGAGCAGGAAAGUCUAGUCUUCUGCGUGCGAUUGCGGGACUGUGGUCGGAUGGAAACGGACAAAUCAGCAUUCCAUCUAGUGAGGAUAUUUAUUUCUUGCCUCAACGACCAUACUGUCCUUUGGGUAGUCUGAAAGAUCAACUAUUGUAUCCAAGCUUGGAAUACAUAGAAGCAGAAGACUAUCCAAAGGGCCAUGUAGAAAGUCGUUCUCAUAUUCUCAAGCAAAGGUUGACGGACGAGGAUCUUCUAGAAGUUCUUGAAAAGGUGGAUCUUGGUCAACUAGCUGCUAGAGCCGGAGACGGUGACCCAGUCAAGGGACUCCAGACAACAUUAGAUUGGAGCAACACACUUUCUCUUGGAGAACAGCAGAGACUUGCUUUUGGCCGUGUGCUGGUGAAUCAACCUCAACUUGUAAUCUUGGACGAAGCCACUUCGGCUCUAGACAUGGUAGCUGAAGCAAGGAUGUAUACUUUGCUGCGCAACAUGGCCACGAAAACGCUUUCAGGGAAUGGGAAGCUCUCUGCCCCAGGCCUUACUUACAUCAGUGUUGGGCAUCGGCCAAGUCUUCUAGCCUACCACGACUCCAGACUGAGAUUAAAUGGCGAGGAAGACCACUCGUUUGAACCGAUCGAGAAGACCAAGGUGGAUUUGCAAUCAACACUCAAAAGUGUAUCGAAUUUGUAG